UCCCGUCUCCCCCCCAAAAAGUUUGAGUCGCCGCAGCCGGGUCGCCAGCGGAGUCGCGCGCCGGGAGCUACGUAGGGCAGAGAAGUCAUGGCUUCUCCGUCCAAAGGCAAUGACCUGUUUUCGUCCGAUGAAGAGGGCCCGGCGAUGGUGGCCGGGCCGGGCCCGGGGCCUGGGGGCGCCGAGGGGGGAGCCGAAGAGCGCCGCGUCAAGGUCUCCAGCCUGCCCUUCAGCGUGGAGGCGCUCAUGUCGGACAAGAAGCCGCUCAAGGAGGCGUCCCCUUUGCCGGCCGAAAGCGCCUCGGCCGGGGCCACCCUGCGGCCGCUGCUGCUGCCCGGACACGGCGCCCGGGAAGCGCACAGCCCCGGGCCGCUGGUCAAGCCCUUCGAGACCGCCUCGGUCAAGUCGGAAAAUUCAGAAGACGGAGCGGCGUGGAUGCAGGAACCCGGUAGAUAUUCUCCGCCGCCAAGACAUAUGAGCCCUACCACCUGUACUCUGAGGAAACACAAGACCAAUCGGAAGCCGCGCACACCCUUUACCACGUCCCAGCUCCUCGCUCUGGAGCGCAAGUUCCGCCAGAAACAGUACCUCUCCAUUGCGGAGCGUGCAGAGUUCUCCAGCUCUCUGAACCUCACAGAGACCCAGGUCAAAAUCUGGUUCCAGAACCGAAGGGCCAAGGCGAAAAGACUGCAAGAGGCAGAACUGGAAAAGCUGAAAAUGGCUGCAAAACCUAUGCUGCCCUCUGGCUUCAGUCUCCCUUUCCCAAUCAACUCGCCCCUGCAAGCAGCAUCCAUAUACGGAGCAUCCUACCCUUUCCAUAGACCUGUGCUUCCCAUCCCGCCCGUUGGACUCUAUGCGACACCAGUCGGAUACGGCAUGUACCACCUAUCCUAGGGAAGAACAGCUCAAUAGACUUCAUGAUGGAUGUUUGUUUAAAAGGGUCCCCAUCCCUCCAAGAAGGCAGUACCAACACAGUACUCCUGCUGUGCAAACCUUGCAUGCACCACCCUAAGCCCUAAGUGACUAGGCCAACAGGGCCACAGGACAUAGUUCGAAUUUGUUCUUUAUGUGGGAGGCACCAAACCCUGUUUUCUUGGUGUAAUCUUCCAGAUGCCCCCUUCUCCUUUCACAAAGAUUGGCUCUGGCAAUUUUAUAUAUAAAUAUAUAUAUAUAUAUAUAUAUAUAUAAUAAAGUAUAAUACAUUUUUAUACAGCAGAUGUAAACAUUCAAAUUAUUUUGAAAGGCAAAAUUUAUAUACAUACAUAUACUUUUUUUCUAUAUAUCACCUUCCUAGAAGAGACUGUUUAAGUCUAUUUGUUGUAUUUUCCUAAAGGGGGAACCAAAUUAUUAGCAAAUUUUGCUAAAAUUUGGUGAUUUUGACGGGGUGAAUGACCUUUGCUUAUGGAAAAUAAAUAUUAGAAUUAGACACAAUGUGCAUAGAGAAUAGAUAUGGAGAGAUUCUUCAAAGUGAAGGGGACAUACCACAUUUUUGCAUUUUUACAUGCAUUACACAAACCUCAUUAGAUACAAUUAUAUUUGGCCCUAUUUCCUCUCCCUGCCACACACACACUUAAAAUUUUACCUUUUUUUGGGUAAAAUCAAUAACGGGGAUGAGAAGAAUCCUGAGAAUGCCUCUGGGUGAGGUAGAAAAUGGGAAUACUCUUAAUUCCUAUCAAGGCCGUUGCUUAACUCCAUUUCAGAUAAUUGGAGAGUAAAAAGUUAAAGCAUGUUGGGAAGACCUCUGAUGGUUUCUGUGAAAUACUAGGUAUGUCAAUCCCUCACACAUUGCACAGGUGAUAUGGGAGGGGGGGUUAGUAAUUUUCCACUUUGAAAAAAUGAAUAUCUUUUAACCAUUACCUAUAUGCUAAAUAUUCUUGAACAAUUAAUAGAUCCAGAAAGAAAAAAUUAAGCCUUUUCUGUACCUAUUGUAUGUGCUAAACUUCUUAGAAAAAAUUAUAUACUUUUUAACAUGUUGGAGGCAGAGGGUAAAGCCAUGUUUUGAUUUGCUAAAAAUGGUGUUGUCAAACAGCCCAUUUAGCUCCCUGGUAUUUCACCUCUUCCCCUGCCCCCAGUAUACUUUUAUCCCUUUGAAAGGGUGUCUUGUACAAUUUUAUAUAUUUUAUUGAAGAGUUAUUUCUUAUCUCUUAUUCUGAAUUAAAUUAAACAUUUGUUUUAUUGCAGUAAAGUUUGUCCAAACAAUUA